AUGCACGAGGUGUCUUUCACCGUAGAGGAGGACAACCUGCUCGUGUCGGGUUGGCUCAACGUUAGCAUUGAUUCUAUUCGAGGAACUGACCAAAAAUCUACACAAAUGUGGGAUAGAAUUUUGGAAUAUUACAAUGAGUAUAAGAAACCUAGCAAUCCAGAACGUUUUGUUGUGUCACUGACCAAUCGAUGGUCAGUGAUCCAAAAAUGCAUAAAUAAGUUUUGUGCUGCUAUAGCCCAAGUAGAAUCAUUGCAUCCAAGUGGUGCAACGGAGCAAGACAAGCAUCAUUUGUCAAUGUUGUCAACAAGAAGGAAACCGCCUGGGAAACGUUUAGCUAUUGCAGACUCGACUCCAGUAGGAGAUGACACAGUAGGUGAAAACGUUGAGAUCAUUAUUGAGAGACCUCCAGGCAAGAAGGCUGAGAAAAAAAGGGAGAGAAUGAGGAAGGCUACAGAAGCUUCGGACUCUGAAUUUCAUGCCUCUUUAACUCAGAUGUACGAGGAUAGAGACAUGUUCAUGCGAGAGAGAAGGCAAGAGGCCAGCAAAGCGAACUCUGAUAGAUCUGAAUUAGUAGCCGAAAAGAAAAGGAGGACUGAUAUGGAAAUAAUGAAAUUGGAUCUUGCUGGUAUGAAUGCAAUGCAGCGAGAGUAA